UCCGAUUGUUUUUUGAGCACGGAGCGGAGACGAGGAGCAGGAGGAGGAGGCGGAGGAGAACUAGUGCUGCUGCUGCUGCGGGCGGGCGGGCGGUCUGGAGCUCCGUCGUUGUUGGCGAGAUUGAUUGAUUGAUUGUCGAUGAGUUGAGGUCGAGCGAGUCGAGAAGAUUGGUGCUCAUGGUUACUAGCUAGCGCUUGCAGACUCCUUCUGCAGCCCGCUCCUCUGACAUCCGCAACCGGACUGCGCCGAAGAUUGCCAUCUUUCGUGUUGCCUGCGUUGCGGGUGGAAGAGGAGUGGGGACAGUGGUGUCAAACAUUCGAGCUGCAAAUCCAGGAACGGGUGUUAGGGGUUUAGGGAAGACGCGCAGAGGAACGGAGGGGUUUAGCGGUUCUGCGCGUGUGGAAUCGGUGGUGUACUUUGGAGCGUUGUUUACAUCGUUUGAAAACGGCUGAACGGAGCCGCUGGCCUCUCGCGAAACUCACAGGUGGGGUCGAUUCAUGGAUCAGCUGGUUCGUCAAAUUGAUAAUGCUACUCACCAGCGUAAUGAUGCCUACAGUCUGGCUCAGGAUGACACAACUGCACUCCCUGGCCUGGAAGUAAGAGAAGAUUGUCCAUCUUGUGGCCAUCAUGUUGGCAGGAGGACGGCUAUGGAUUGGGUUGGCCUUCCAGCUGGGGUUCGUUUUGACCCAAGCGACGAGGAACUACUGCGACAUCUUGCUGCUAAGGUGGGAGUCGGGAAGGAGGUUUCACAUCCUAGAAUCGAUGACUUUAUCUCUCACCUUGACGGCAAUGAUGGGAUUUGUCAGACUCAUCCUGAGAACCUUCCUGGUGUGAAGACAGACGGAAGCAGCCGUCAUUUCUUCCAUAAACCAGCCAAGGCCUACACAACUGGUACGAGGAAGCGUCGUAAGAUCCAUAACGAGGAUGAAGAAUCAGGAGUGGAAACACGUUGGCACAAAACUGGGAAAACGAGGCCAGUUCUUGAUGGUGGUCAACAUUUGGGUUGGAAGAAGAUAAUGGUACUUUACAGGAACCUAUAUUCAGGGAAAAAGAAAGCAAAGUCGGAAAAAACCAACUGGAUAUUGCAUCAAUACCAUUUAGGACCUGAGGAAGAGGAGAGAGAUGGAGAAUUGGUUGUAUGUAAAGUUUUUUUCCAAAAGCAACCUCGGCAGUGUACGGGAGGAAAGCAAUAUGACGGUGUAUUUGCCGAAGGUAAUAGUUCUAAGGCCGAAACAUGUCAACCCCAGCCUAGAUCUAAUCGAGAAAUCGUCGUUGGGGCAAGUGUUAGUGAUGUGUCAAGGGGUACUCUUAUUACCCCGAAAAGAGAUGCACCCGUCAGACCCCAGUUCUCUCGACAUAGAACAAGGGAAGCGUCUCCUCCAGUGCAAGCACCUCCAGAGUCGGUAACCACUAGGACACCAACGCAGUCUGGGAGAGGCUCUGAAAUGACUGUUAUGGGAAAAUCAGACCACUUAACUUCCGAGCUGACAUCCACCCUCGGAAUAUCUCACAGGCUUCCGCAGAGCUUGACUCCUUGUGUGAAGACUGGAAGUCUUCAAAGUGGUGGAUUGGUGCAGUCUGUUCCUUUUGAAGAACUUUUUUCUGAGAAUGGUUCGCCUGACUUGUAUGAAGAAGUUUCCACUUCUGGAAAGUCGUGUCAAAAUGAAAAUGCCAUGGCGGCGGUUGAAUAUCCUCCACGAGAUGAUUAUCAUGAGCAACCAUAUCCCGUCAUGGAUACAGAGGGGAAUGUGAUCGGCUUGACUGAUUUAGAGUGCGACGAAGAGCUCCUGCCGAUUUCUUGGGAUUGGGAUGCUAAUCUUGAUAUCGAGGGUGGUGGUGGUGUUGACGGUCUUCUCGACACACCUUACCACUUCAAUCCGCAUACCGACUACUUUUAUACUUUUGAUGAAUAUCUUUUGAGUACGCCUCCAGCUAUUUUCCCGGACCUGAAAUUAACUUCCCAGGAAGCAUCGGAAGUGAUGAGGAGUAUUGAUCCGAAUGACAAUAGUGACAGCCUGUCCAGCACCUAAAUGCAUUAGGGAUUCUCAGGAGGACGUUGUACUUCGUGUUCGGAUCCACCGUUACCUCUUGAUGUACAGAUUAUCUAGUAUGGCGUAAUGACUCGCUGUUACCAUGAUGCUGCAUAUUCUUUUUAGGCGUCCAGUUGCCGACUAUACAUAUAUGGGCAAAAUGAUCAGCAUUCAGAUUUUUUCUGUCAUAAUUUGAGAGAAAACUCAUAAAGAGGAGCUGUCCAUCUGCUGUGAGAAACUUAGACAGUUGAGCGAUAUCACUCGACAGAAGGUACGGAUGGACUUGUUUAGGAGGAAGAGGCUUCACUUCUUUACUAUAAGCCAAAUAUUGAUGCUCGUGGAGUGAUUGAUAGACUUGAGAAACUGUGUAGAUGCAUGUUUACUUACUGACAACCAAUCCAGUUUAGAAUUUUACACCAAGUCAAAUCUCUCCACAGCAUGGGAAAAGGCGCCUUCAUCAUUGAGGGCAAAAUCCUGUGUUCUGAAAGGGGACAAAACUGGAACAGGGUUUCGAAUCAGAGGGAUGGAGAUUAGAGAAAUUGGUUACACUAGAGGAUUGAUUCAAACAAAAAGAGCAAUUUUUGCUGUGUUGCCGGAGCAUAAAGACUAAAUUGAAUUGUUCAUCUGUAUUAAGCCCAGCUGGAUGAUGUUCUUUGAUCCUCUUUCAUGAGACACUCAUCAUCUAUAGUAUUGUAAUCUUAAGGCAGACAUAGAUUUUAGGCAGGAAACUCAAAUUUUGGUUUCUAGAUGAUCAAUUGUGAACUUCGGGUUUCCAUUGUUUCACAAUGAGCUGUAAGGCCCUAAAGCCUCCCACUUAUCGUAUGACCGGGAGGUCAUCAAUUCAAAUGGCUCUUGCUCACAUU